CAGAAACGCCAAACCAGAUAGGCGAAAUAGGGCCAGAUGUAUUUAAACGGACGUUCCGCAUCGCUUCAGUUGGGGAUUUUUUUAAAGACUUGAGUAAAGGUAGAAAAGAAGAGGCCUAUAUAUUUGUGGUAGAGCAAUCAAGGAAACAAAGACAACUUUGUUAUAUUCAAGGCGUUUGUUUACGAGCGGAGUCGGUAGUUGAUGAAAUCCAUGGAUUAAUCUACGAGUGAGUCGUAGGCCUCGCAGAAAGCACUAUCGAUUUAGUUGAACAAUUCCUUUGAAAUUAGCGAGUGGUGGCAGCUGGCAGGCAUUGUUUGCAGUAUUCUGAUUGUACGCACACGGUAGUAGCGUUCGGGAAUACUUGUAGGUUAUGUUGAGCGCUCUGCUUGAGUAUAUCUCAGGUUGAACUUACAUCGUUAUUAAUUCAUGAACAUGACCACGAUGCGCCUCUUCGUGUAUUAACUAAUACAUAUGUUGCAAGCAAACAUUGAGUCUCCCUCGCAAUAAUACCGUGGUGGAUUUACCGCAGUAACAAUAUGAUGUGAAUCACACGUUUCCGUCGUAAACCAAAUGUUUAAUUGAACCUACGUUAUCAGAAGUAUAUACCGUAAUUACGCGAAAGACGUUGAGUUUAUUUGAAUGGGAAUGCGUUCAACACCAUAUUUUCUACUUGUGGUUGUGAUAUGCUCUGCGCAUGCAGCACCAUCUCAAAAAGAACGUGGAUGUCGAAGAGCAAGAUCAAACCUCAGCAUUCGUAUAAGAAAGGACAAUAUUAUCGACCUAACCCAUGUUACAGACGAGAGAUCUGCAUAUUGGCCAAAUAAUCCAUCAGGUUUUGAAAUGGUGGAGAUUUUCAAAGGAUUUGUGGAAACAACAACAAGAUUUUUUUAUUCAACCUAUAUGUUCAGUCAACCGGAACAUUUAGGAACACACAUGGAUGCUCCCAACCACUUUUUCAAAGGAGGUCUUGGGGCAGAUGAAGUUAGCUUGUACAAGUUGAUAGGACCUGGAGUUCUCAUAAAUCUGAAGAAAAACGGAACCCUGUUUGGAAAAGAUUCAUUCAUAACCGUUGAUCAUUUUCUUGAAUGGGAGCGAGUGCACGAUAAGAGAAUACAUUCCGGAAGCAUCGUAUUAUUAUACACCGGAUAUAGUGAUGUAUACUAUGAUAGAUCUCAAUAUUACGGAACAAACGCAACUGGAGACGAGGCUGUCCCACUUCUGCAUUUCCCGGGACUUGACCCAAAGGCGGCGGAAUGGCUCGUUACAAAUAGAUGUAUUGGUGCAAUUGGAAUCGAUACAGCCAGCAUUGACCAGGCCAGAUCAAAGGAUUUUUUAGUACAUCAGUUUCUCGCUAAACAUGAGAUUCCUGCAUUGGAGAACGUUGGACAUCUGGGCAAACUAGCUGCCGCUAAUAAGGGGUUCAAAGUUAUUGCCUUGCCAAGCAAGAAUGGAGGAGGGACGGGCGCACCAGCCAGAAUUAUUGCUGUAUUAAACUGAUAGCUUUGAAGCCUUUUUUGAUAAUAAGACUGUUUUACUCAGUCAAGACUAAUACAGUUCUUGGCUAAAUAUUAGGUCUAUUAAUUUUUUGCACAGCACGUGAACUCUUAGCAAUUUCUAUAUAUAUUGUCCAUUAUUUUAUUACUGUUUUUAUCAUUGUAAAAUGAGCAUUCAGUAUUUUUGCAAGUAUUUUCUAAAUGACCUGCUUUUUAUUGUGGCACGGUUCUUACUACAGUAAUGAAGCGUUAUUAUUGAAUGGAUUUCAAUUUGUGCAAUUAACAUCGAAUGCAUAAAUGUAUACACGGGUAAUAUACCCUAGAGCAGGGGUUUCAAAACUUAUUGUUCGUGUGCCGCCAAAUUUUCACAAAAAAAAAAAACCCAGCAAAAUUAAAAAAGGCUGACUUUACCCAUCUGUCCAAAUACAUACACUGCUUAUUGCAAUUCUCAUUUAUUCUCACUUCGUUAGAGCAGGCAGAGUUUAAUACAUAAAUAUAUAUUUAUAUA